UGGAACAAUCUGCUUUCUCUUCUUUGCACAGAUGACGCCAUUCCUGUGUCCUCCGGCAACGGCUCCUCUCGCACCGCCAGUCGCAGGAAGAGGACCAGCUUCUCCAAAGAACACGUGGAGCUGCUGCGCGCCACCUUCGAGACUGACCCAUACCCUGGAAUCACCAUCAGAGAGAGCCUGUCCCAGACCACAGGCCUGCCCGAGUCCCGCAUCCAGGUGUGGUUUCAGAACCGAAGAGCUCGCACCCUAAAAUCAAAAGGAUCCAGCAAAGCCCAGUGGCAGUCUCAGAGCCCAGCGCAGUGUCCACAGGCUUGCCGCCACACACAGGCCUUUGCACCUCAAAUGCAGCAGGUGUUAAACAAUGGACAGUUUCCUCCUGCCUUCAAUGCCACCGGAGCGUAUGGACAGUGUGGAGUCUCCUAUGGGAUUCAACCAGGAGGCUCAAUGGGCAGUAACCCCAGCUCAAACCUGUGGGAGUACAUGCCUCAGCCAGGCUGCCAAAACUCCACUGGGGUGCCUGCGUGGCGUCAGCCUUCCGUGGAGAUGGUAAGCUACAACUCAAGCUCCAGCCAGGCAGCCUCCAUGCACCCUAGUUCAGACAUACACGAGCUCCUUCAAAUAUUCAAAGCAGACACUCCUGAUUCUGGAUACUUCAACAGCAGCCGAGAGAGCAGCCCAACGGGUUGUCUGGAAGUUCCGACCCCACAGAUGAGGAGUAUUGGGGAGACUGUAGCAGCUCUUGAGGACGGCAGGGAUGCAGGACAUCCGCCAGUGGUCCAGCAUAGCUCACUGCCAGUGCUGUCAUUGCAAGAUAUUAUGUGGGAGCUGAAUGAGGAAUGGCUGGGAGGAAAUGGACUGGACAACGGAGUCACUGGAGAGGAGCCCCCUUACUUCUGAUGGCUAUGAUGAGUAUUUUUAAUGGCUCAAGUGUUUGACAUAUUUUCAAAAUAUUUUUUAAAAAAGCCAUGUUUUUGCAGUAAUUACUACACAGUUUUAGGAUUGUUUUUUGAUUUUCUUCAAGUUUACUUAAAAAGAAAAAAAAAAAAAAAAAGAAACAAAUCAGUUGUUAUGUUGCAUAAUACUGUUUUCUUGGCUUCCCCUUUCCAAGAAUGUACUCUCAGCUAAUUCAUGACCAGAGAUUUGGCUCUGCUCAUAGAUGGUGCCUGUGAGUUGUAAAUAUGAGAAAAAGGGGAUUUUCUUUCUGUGCAGAGACAUUAUGGAGAGUAAUAUAAAAACAUGUUAAAUCCUAAUGAAUGCUGAAAUUAAAUUUAAUCUGUAAUAAGACUUUAUGUAAAAAAUAAUUUUAACAAAAAUAAUUUAUAGAUAUAGAGAUGUUAUUGUAUAAUGUUUCCAUUUUGAUUGAUUAAUUUUAAGGAUCUGACAACAGAGGAUGUUGUUUGCUGUAAAGAUUAUGAAGCCCUGUGAGGUUAAUUAUUGGUUUGGGAAACGAAGAUGUUGAUAUAAUAUAUCUGAUUCUGUUAAGCUUUGUUCUUAUGUUGUAUGGCUGACAUAUAGUGUAUGAUAAUAUAGAGAAUAUACAGUUAUAAAUAUGAUUCUGUUAUUAUGUUCGCAUGUUUUGCCAAUAAAGUUUAUUCUAAAUGAACGUUCACAUUGCAUCCAUGACUCAUAACUUACAACAUAGUACUGCAACAUCAUGGUGUCGUGAUACAGUGAUUCUUAUUCUGUAAUUUCUACUUUGUUUGUUUGUUUGUUUUUUUGCCUGAAAUUCAAUUUAGUUUAUUUUCUACAUAAUUAUUUUUAUUUUAUAUUAGUUUAGUUUUUCAAGUUCAAGUUAAACAAAGAUUUCUUUUUCACAGCUAGUUUUAGUUUUCAGUUUAGUUCCAGUUAACUAUAGUGAGUGGAUAAAAAUAUCCACCCAGUUAUUUGGGUUUAAUUAGAGGCUUUUAUAUUUAUCAGCUCUUUGGCUGUGCUGCCUUUCAUUUCUCUUUUUUUCACCUGUGAGUGUCUUCUUGUUCAUGGCAAGGAGGUUAACUUCUUUUCUACAGGGUGGGCCAUUUAUAUGGAUACAUCGUAAUAAAAUGGGAAUGGUUGGUGAUAUUAAAGUCCUGUUUGUGGCACAAUAGUAUAUGUGAGGGGGCAAACUCCUCAAGAUAGGUGGUGACCAGGGGCGAUUCCAGGAUCAGAAGUUUGGGGGUGCUGAGCACCCAGAGAGCUGCCCAUCCAGGAAGGUAAACUUUACUCAUCACAAUGAGGAAGGAAGGACAGAAUAAAGAC